AUGAGGCUGGGACACGCUUUGGGAUGCCGCUCGGUGCAGGGCGCAGUUUGGGAUGAGCUGCGGGACGCGGGUUGGGAUGCGGUGCCCCAGGACUCUGCCCGUCCCCAGCAGCGCCCCGCACACACCCGGGCGGUGACAGCCGCGCCCCCCCCGCCCCGCACGGCGCUUUCCCCGCCCGCCCCGUCCCGCGGAGCCCCGGGGGCGGGGGCCAGGUACGGCGGGGCGGGCCGGCCCGGCGGGGGAGGGCCCGCAGCCGGCGGCGGGCAGCUAAAGGCAGGUGGCGGCCCCGGGAGCGGCCCCGGGCUGGCUCGGGGGUCCCGCGGCGGCCGGGGCCAUGCGGAGGGCGGCGGCCUGAGCGGGGCGGCCAUGGCCGGGGCGGCGGCGGCGGGCGGGGAGCGGCGGGCGGCGCUGACGGCGGUGCGGACCGAGGGCUCGGAGGGGACCCCCGGCCCCCCCCCGCCGCCGCCGCCGCCCCCUCCCCGCCGCCGGGGGCUGCUGCUGGCGGGGCCGCGCCCCGGGGCCGCCCCCCGCCCCGCCGGGGCCCCGCGCUGCUGCCGCCGCCGCCUCCAGAACUGCCUGUACAACGUGCUGGAGCGGCCCCGCGGCUGGGCGUUCAUCUACCACGUCUUCAUAUUCCUCCUCGUCUUCAGCUGCCUGGUGCUGUCGGUCUUCUCCACCAUCCAGGAGCACCAGAAACUGGCCAACGAGUGCCUCUUCAUCCUGGAGUUUGUGAUGAUCGUGGUGUUCGGCAUGGAGUACAUCAUCCGCGUGUGGGCCGCCGGCUGCUGCUGCCGCUACCGCGGCUGGCGCGGGCGCUUCCGCUUCGCCAGGAAACCCUUCUGCGUGAUAGAUUUCAUCGUCUUCAUCGCCUCGGUGGCCGUCAUCGCCGCGGGCACGCAGGGAAACAUCUUUGCCACGUCGGCGCUGCGCAGCAUGCGCUUCCUGCAGAUCCUGCGCAUGGUGCGCAUGGACCGCCGCGGCGGCACCUGGAAGCUGCUGGGCUCCGUCGUCUACGCCCACAGCAAGGAGCUCAUCACCGCCUGGUACAUCGGCUUCCUGGUGCUCAUCUUCGCCUCCUUCCUCGUCUACCUGGCCGAGAAGGACGCCAACGUGCAGUUCGCCACCUACGCCGAUUCCCUGUGGUGGGGCACGGCCCCCGGCUGCUGUGCCCCCGGGCAGGUGACCCUGACCACCAUCGGCUACGGGGACAAAGCACCGCAGACGUGGCUGGGCCGGAUGCUGGCGGCCGGAUUCGCCCUGCUCGGCAUCUCCUUUUUCGCCCUGCCCGCCGGGAUCCUGGGCUCCGGUUUUGCCCUUAAAGUGCAGGAGCAGCAUCGGCAGAAGCACUUUGAGAAGAGGAGGACUCCAGCAGCCAACCUGAUCCAGGCUGCCUGGCGCCUGUACUCCACGGACGCCAGCCGGGGCUACCUGACGGCCACCUGGUGUUACUACGACAGCCUCCUGCCCGCCUUCAGAGAGCUGGUCCUUAUGUUUGACCACUUGCACCGGGUCCGCAACGGAGGAUUUAGGAACUCAGAGGUGAAAAAAUGGCCUGACAGAGCCCCACCACCCUAUCACUGCUCCACCCCUGCCCAGAAAAGCUUCAGCCUGGCCGUGUGUUCAGGGGAAAGCUGGAAUGAGGAGGACGCGCAGCCCCACAGGUGUUUACGCCUCAGCAACAAGAUGGCCAUCAAGGAGCGGAUCCGGCUGAGCAGCUCGCAGCGCCAGGGCGGCCGCGGCCGCCAGCAGCAGCAGCAGCACCUGGGCCCGCCCCUGCACCGCUCCCCCAGCACCGAGGACAUCCCUGAGGCCUCCAGCCCCAGCAAGGUGCAGAAAAGCUGGAGCUUCAACGACCGCACCCGGUUCCGAGCAUCGCUGAGGCUCAAACCGCGGACACCCACUGAGGCCGACUGCCCACCAGAGGACAGCGGUGAGGAGAGGAGCUCCCCAUGCGAGCUGACCUUCGAGGACAUCAUGCCAGCCGUGAAAACCCUGAUCCGGGCUGUCAGGAUCCUGAAGUUCCUGGUGGCCAAGAGGAAGUUCAAGGAGACCUUGCGUCCCUAUGACGUCAAGGAUGUCAUCGAGCAGUACUCGGCCGGACACCUGGACAUGCUGGGCAGGAUCAAGAGCCUGCAGACGCGCGUGGACCAGAUCGUGGGCAGGGAUCGGGCGCUCCCAGCGGACAAGAAGGUUCGGGAGAAGGGGGAGAAGCCGGCGCUGGAGGCGGAGCUGGUGGACGAGCUCAGCAUGAUGGGGCGCGUGGUCAAGGUGGAGCGGCAGGUGCAAUCCAUCGAGCACAAGCUGGACCUGCUGCUCGGCCUCUACUCGCAGUGCCUGCGCAAGGGCUCCAGCAACUCCUUCAGCCUGGCCGCGGUGCGGGCGCCGCCCGGCGAGCCCGACGUCACCUCGGACUAUCACAGCCCCGCGGAGCACGAGGACAUCUCCGCGUCUGCACAGACCCUCAGCAGCUCCAGGUCGGCCAGCGCCAACAUGGACUGAGCAGGAGGCGGCGGGAUGGAGCCGGGGCGAUGGGGGAGCCAGGGCGCUGUCCCCUCGCUGUCCCCUC